UUUUUAAGCAAGAAAGCUCAAACCCAACAACAUCCUGUUUGGUUUAUUACAAGAGGGAAAAAGUCACGCUACAGAAACACAUCCGGCUAUCCACGAAGGUCACUGAAGACCCCAGUGCCAAUGCCUAGGUCUGCAAGGCCCAUAGCAGGCCUUUCAGGUCCUCCACUCCUCAGCCUUUUGUAGCAGAUGCAGUACCAAGCUGACUUUUGUAACCUUGCAUGCUCCUGGAUCCUCACCAGCCUAGAAGCCCAUUUGGCUGCCCCAAAGGGCCCUAACCAGACAGGCAGGCCUGAGCUGCCUGCAACAGGGCACCGGGCUUGUCUUACCAGCCAAAUUGGCAGGGCCCUGAGUCCCAGGAGAGUCCUGGAAGACUCUAGAGGACCCCAGGAGAAGCCUUUGAGGGGUCUGGGAACUCCUUGAAAAUGAUGGACCAAAUUGUGGGAAUGCACAGUUCUGCAUUUUUCAUAGGAUUCGUCAGGACUUGCCUUAGAUUUUCCAAAGGGUCCUGACUCCCUAAGGUUAAGAAACACAGGUAGAGAUCAUUGUCUUUAACUUUAUUUCUGUAGCCUGCACCAUCUCAAAUAUACUCUCCAAUCGCUACUGGCCCAUCCCAGAGAAGUCUAGGAAGUUGCUUUCCGCAUUUAGCUCGGAGAGGCAGGGCUCUAGGCCCAAGUACUAGCCCACUGACCUGCUGGAGCUUGUUCUCCUCAAGGAAUUGUUGACGCUCUUGCGACCUACUUCCCAAGUGACAGAGCUUUCCUGAGAGGCAUGGAAGGUGCUAAAGAGCAAAACCUCCUUCCUAGGCAGUCCCCAGCUUUGCGGCAUUUCCAGGUGGCACUGCUGAGUCCCGGCCAGUCCACUUGUGUGGUAAGCUGGGUAAGGACCAGGCGGAACCGGGAAGCUAAAGAUAGGGCCAUAGGCUGCGGUGCUCUGAAGCUUUUCUGCACUCAGAUUCACUGGCCUCAGCUAGCGGAAAAUUUGCCUUGGCCUUGGGCACCGGAGCACCUCAGAGAGAAGAGAGUUAAUAAUUUCUCUGCACAUACCCCUGUCUUGAAUGUGUUACACCCUGCUGCAGCUUUGAGACCCGGUCAGGCUGGAGAAAACCGACUCUCUCAUGCUCUUUCCCCUUCUCUCUCCCCCUCUUCUCUCCUUCUAUCCCUCUCCCUCUUUAUCUUCCUCCUCUGCACCUUGAUGCUUAGUCUGAAGCGCCAGUCACCACAGGGCGCCGAGAUGGAAGCGGCUGGAGCGCGGAGGUAGCGGUGUCUCAGCUCCUUGGGCGCCGCGCUUAGAGCAGCCAUAUCCCGCAGCUCCUUGAAUGUUAGAAGCCAGAGACAGGGCUCUACCUAGCCAGCUCUCCGUGUGCUCUCAGCAUCCUCUCAGGCUCAUCUUCUCCAGCUAGGUUCAUACUGGGAGGAAUGAGGCCAAAUGCACCGCAUAUCACCUGGGACACAAGGCUUUCCCCGCCACAGGCAGAGGCCUGAGUGCCUACUUCCUGGGAUCCAAGCGUUCAGCAACUCCAGCUCCGACUGGAGCUGGCAGGGCAGGCAGGCCUCGGGCAUCCUGGCGACCUGUAGUCUGCAGGCCAGGGGCAAGGCAGAAACCUCCCAGUCUCCACUGGAUCUGGCCAGAAAAUGCCAAAUUUCCUGAGACUUGUAUGAGGCCCAUACUUGGGGGCUAGCGCCCCAGGCCAGCCAUUUCCAGCUGGUUAAGAGAGCGACCCUGAGGAAGGCCCAGUGUCCACUGAGCAAAGGGCCUGGCCUCUGAACACUCUUAUAACAGGACCAUGAGCCCAGCCUGGCCUGUCAGGGAACAGAUUUCCUCACCCAGGGCCUCGUUAAAAUGUGCACACUGUUGGAGCAAGGACUGCCCCAGCUGUGGGUAUGGAAGGGAGGGGGGAAGAGGGGAGGGGACAGAGAGGCAGGAAUAUAGUGACACUGGUUCUUGCUAUAACUUCCAGGAGCUUAUGAAUGCCAAGGCUAACAGAGCAGGAGAAUAAUAUGGCAGAGGUGUCUGCUGGGCAUACCCCUCCAAGUUUCCCCCUCCUGGUCGUCUGCCCCUUCAGGCAGGCCAAGGACCCCAGAGCCAAUGUCUCACUCCCCUAAAUGACAUGUGAGCUUGGAGCCCCUUGAGGGUGAUUGCCUGGACCUGGCUCUGACCUUGGGAGUGGGAGUGGGGGAGUCUUUCUGCCAAGGGUGUCAGUCGCUUCCCACUCUCACUCAUGCCAACCCACCAAGGUCCACCGACAAGAGUUACAGAGAAGGCAAGGCAGGCGAGCACACCGGCGAGGAUCCUAACUGGAUCCACCGAUUGUGGGAGGAAAGUGUUGGGAAUUUAGGGGCCAGGGAAUAGCCAUUGCAUUUUGGGGGGAAAAAUCUGUGGGAUGGCAGAAGUAGUGGCAACAGCCAGCUUCCAGUUCUCUCUGGGUCCCAGACGCUCUGAGGGUCCUGGCGGUCCGCCACUUUUGGGAGCUAGAAUUCAGAGAUGGAGCCGGCUCCAGGUCCAAAGCUGAAUGGGAAGAGCCUGAGGCCCCGACACGGCCGCUUAAGUGGUCAGAAAGCGCUGGGGACCAGUGGCCGCUUUUGCAACAGGGAUAGUGAGCACCCAAGGAGGGCCCGGUGCGCACCAUAAACACCCCACUUGUUAACUACACGGGGCCCAAGGGCGCUUCAAACAGACCCUCGUAUGGGGCUCACGUUCGGGUGGGGCGGGGCGAACCCAGCCGCCAGGCCCCCCACCAGCCACGUUGGGGCAGCCCCCACAGCUCCUGGCCUUCGGCGGAGGUGUCGGGCGUGCGUCUCCUGGCCCAUCAAUACAGAUUACAUAUUUAUAUCAAUCGCGGGCUCCGAGGGCGCCCUCGGAGAGCGGCCCCGCGCCUACGAAACCAAACUGGGAGUGGUCGCGCGGAAACUCUGGCUCAGGAUUGGCUGCGGGCGCCCGCCGCGGUGCGGGGGGAUUGCUAAUCGUAUUCAGCAUGUUUUGCACAAGAAAUGUCAGCCAGAAAGGGCUAUCUGCUCCCUUCGCCAAAUUAUCCCACAACAAUGUCAUGCUCGGAGAGCCCUGCCGCGAACUCUUUUUUGGUCGACUCGCUCAUCAGCUCGGGCAGAGGCGAGGCGGGCGGCGGUGGCGGUGGCGCUGGGGGCGGCGGCGGCGGUGGUUACUACGCCCACGGCGGGGUCUACCUGCCGCCCGCUGGUGACCUGCCCUACGGGCUGCAGAGCUGUGGGCUCUUCCCCGCGCUGGGCGGCAAGCGCAAUGAGGCGGCGUCGCCGGGAGGCGGUGGCGGUAGCGGGGCCCUAGGUCCCGGGGCGCACGGCUAUGGGCCCGCGCCCAUAGACCUGUGGCUAGACGCGCCCCGGUCGUGUCGGAUGGAGCAGCCUGAGGGGCCUCCGACUCAGCCCCAGCAACAGCCGCCGCCCCCGCCACAACCACCCCAGCCCCCGCCGCAGGCCACCUCGUGCUCUUUCGCUCAGAACAUCAAAGAAGAGAGCUCUUACUGCCUCUACGACUCGGCGGACAAAUGCCCCAAAGGCUCGGCCGCCGCUGCCGAAUUGGCUCCCUUCCCUCGGGGCCCGCCACCCGACGGCUGCGCCCUGGGCGCCUCCAGCGGGGUGCCAGUGCCCGGCUACUUCCGCCUCUCGCAGGCCUACGGCACGGCCAAGGGCUACGGCGGCGGCGGCGGCGGCACGCAGCAGCUCGGCGCCAGCCCGUUCCCGGCGCAGCCCCCGGGGCGCAGCUUCGACCCGCCGCCUGCGCUCGCCUCUGGCCCGGCGGAUGCGGCCCGGAAGGAGCGAGCCCUCGAUUCGCCUCCGCCCCCCACGCUGGCUUGCGGCGGCGGCGGGGGCUCGCAAGGCGACGAGGAGGCUCACGCGUCGUCCUCGGCCGCGGAGGAGCUCUCCCCGGCCCCUUCCGAGAGCAGCAAAGCCUCGCCGGAGAAGGACUCCCUGGGCAAUUCCAAAGGCGAAAACGCAGCCAACUGGCUCACAGCAAAGAGCGGUCGGAAGAAGCGCUGCCCCUACACGAAGCACCAAACACUGGAGCUGGAGAAGGAGUUUCUGUUCAACAUGUACCUUACUCGAGAGCGGCGCCUGGAGAUCAGCCGCAGCGUCCACCUCACGGACAGACAAGUGAAAAUCUGGUUUCAGAACCGCAGGAUGAAACUGAAGAAAAUGAACCGAGAAAACCGUAUCCGGGAGCUCACAGCCAACUUUAAUUUUUCCUGAUGAAUCUCCAGGCGACGCCUUUUAUUUUUAUUUUUAUUUUUUUGCUUCCAGAGCUCUGGUUCCCUCCCUCUGUCUUCAGCCUCUGCCCAGGAACUCGCACCUGUGCCGGAGCCCUAUGCCUCCCUCCCGCACUCGCCAUCUCCUGGGCCAUUACAUCUGUGCAGGGCUGGUUUGUUCUGACUUUUUGUUUCUUUGUUUGCUUGGUGCUGGUUUAUUUGUUGUUUUCUGGGGGAAAAAGCCAUAUCAUGGUAAAAUUCUAUAGAGAUCGAUAUUGUCCGAAGUGUCAAGUCGUAACUGGGCUGGGUUUGCUGUUUUGGGGUCCCACUGCUUGAAAUGGCCCCGUUCUCCGCGGAGCUGGUUUCCUGCCCAGCCAGGGGUAAACCUAGCCGGAAAGCGGAGGUUCCAUUGUCGGCGCUGAGGUGUCUGGCCUGAGGUCAAUGGUGCAAGGAGCCGCCACUGGGCACGCCAGCCUGGAGUGCUGGGCUGUGUUUAAUCAGGGGAUACAGGCCCCUGGGUGUCUUUUUUUCUCUCCUCCUUUCUUCCUUGGCCAAGAGAAGGGCUUACGGGCAUGGGCAUACAGGUUGGCAAAAGGGCUUGACUUUGUCUGAUUGAAAAAGCGAGAAAGAGUCAGUGAGAUUAAAUUUUCCUUCCUCUGUAAGAUAUCCCAACUUUAAACAAAAAAAAAAGAAUGACCAAGAGAAAGGAACUUCUCUUUUAGUUUGUGUAAGGUCUUGCAUUGCCUGACUAAAAUGUUUCAUUUAUCCCUGAAUUUCCAUACCCUUCUGGCUGUAGAUAAAUAUUGUAGUUUUGUUUAUACACGUGGAAUUAGUGGAUUUUUUUGCCAUUAAAAUCGUUACCAGUGGUAACAUACGACAAGCACACCACAAUUCUCCCUAUCUUGUGGAGAUGGUUCUUCUUAAUGACCUUUAAAUUUUUUUUUCUUUCUGAAAUUCACAGAAGCCUAUGAGGGCUGGGGCAAGCGGAAUAAACUAGAGAAGGGAGACAUUGUUUGGAUUUCCUUUAUACUGUGAAGUUACAUGCAUAAAAGGGUCAAACCUGUAGGUGCAGAAAAAGAAAAAACUAUAAAUACAGAUCUGUAUAAAUGUCUAUUAUUAUGAAGAAUUGCCAAUCUUGUUUUAAGCAAAUGCAUUCUAUCGUUAUUAUAAAUGUUAGUUCUAGCUCUAUUUACUUCUAAUCUUAAAUCAGAAUAAAUUAAUAUUGUAUUGCUGCUGUGCGUGGAAAAAAGACGAUGUUUAUGUUCUUAUAGAAUAAAAGCUGUGGAAUGAAGCUUUUUAAUUUUA